AUGUCUUCUGUAUAUCAUAGUAAAGCCUCAGUAUACCAACAAAUCUUUAAAAAGAUUUACAAUCAAACUUAUGGAAAACAAAAGUCCAAAUGGGAAUAUUUUGUACUUGGACUUCGUGUAUACCAAUGGUUGUCAGAUCACGAUCCAAACUACACCAACAACUUACUCUACGACAAGAUAUUGGAAGCCAUCGAUGAGAUUUUCGAUAUCAUUCUAAGUCUUUUGGAGAUGAUGAAAGCUCCACCCUCAUUGUUGAGCUCAGUUGUAUACUAUGCCAACAAGUUUGUCAGUCGUACUGGUAUCAAGCACAACCAACUUUUCAAUUUGUUGUUGACCAGCACCAUCGUUACCCUCAAGUUCUGGUCAGAGAGCACCCCAAUCAACAAUCGUAUUUUGGCAGACAUUUUCGAAUUCCCAGUUCAAGAUAUCAAUUUGAUGGAGCGUCGUUUCCUCACUGGAAUCGAUUACCACCUCAUCAUCACUGAGGAACAAAUCGAAAUUUUCUUGUCUAAAAUCGACAUCACAUCAACUCUCAAACAAUCAUUACCAACACCAUCCGCCACCAACUACAAGAAUAUCAAUAUGAAACAACAAGUAACACCACCAGUUUCACCAACCACCUCUGCAGUCGUAAGCAACUCUGCUCAAUCACAACAUCCAGGUCGUUUGACAUCCAGCAAGAGAGCACCAUCCAACUCCAACUUGAAAUGUAUGGAACCACAACCAAAUGUUGGUUAUGUCAAUCCACCUUCAACUGCCUAUGCCAACUGCUAA